CUGAAAAGUCUGCGGAGCGACGACAUCAACCAACUCGUGUCGCUGCACGCCGUGGUCACGCGUUCCACCGAGGUGCGCCCGGAGCUGCUCUCGGCGAGUUACAAGUGCGAGGUCUGCGGCUUUCUGAACGCAGACGUGCGGCAGCAGUUCCGCUACACGUACCCGAUCAAGUGCGGCAACGGGCAGUGCGCGAACCGCACGCGCUGGGCGCUGCAGCAGGAAACGUGUCGGCUCAUCGAGUGGCAGCGGCUGCGCGUGCAGCAGCCGCCGGAGGACCGGGAAGAGUCGCACGCCGUGCCGCAGUCGAUGCACGUCGUCGUGCGCGGACCUUUUGUGAACAAGUGUCGCUCCGGCGAAACGGUGCGGUUCACGGGCUACCUCAUCGCCGUGCCGGACAUCGCCGCGCUGAUCCAAGCGAACAGCUUGCCGCACUCGGUGAACCGCGAGAAAACGAAAGAGAUGAACAACGAGCUCGGCGCGAUGCAGGAGGGGCUGCACGGCAUCUCGCGCCUCGGCGUGCGCGAGUUGACCUACAAGCUGGUGUUCGUCGCACAGAACGUGCAGGUGGUCAACAGCGCUUUCUCCGCGAACCGUUUCCGCAAGCUGUGCUCCUGCUACAACCUGCUCGACCAGCUGGCCGAGUUCACCGCGCCGCACGUGUACGGCUGCGAAGCGUGCAAAAAGGGCAUUUUGUGUCUGUUGGUCUCCGGCGUCGAGAAGUACACGGCGCAAGACAACAUUCGGCUGCGCGGCGACAUCAACAUCUGCCUGGUCGGCGACCCGGGCACGGCGAAGUCGCAGCUGCUGAAGUGGGUCGAGUCGUUCGCGGACCUCGUGGUCUACGCGAACGGCAAGAGCAGCACCGCGGCGGGGCUGACCGCGAGCGUGCACAAAGACCGCGAAACCGGCGAGAGCGUGAUCGAAGCCGGCGCGCUGAUCCUCGCAGACGGCGGCAUCUGCUGCAUAGACGAGUUCGACAAGAUGAACGUGAAGGACCGCGUCGCGAUCCACGAAGCGAUGGAGCAGCAGACGAUCUCGAUAGCCAAAGCCGCUAUCCACGCGACGAUGAACGCGCGCGCGCGCGUGCUCGCCGCGUGCAGCCCCGCGGAAGGCCGCUACAACACCGCGCGCACUUUGCGCGAGAACCUCGCGCUGAGUCCGGCGUUGCUGAGUCGCUUCGAUCUGGUCUUCGUGAUGCUGGACGCCAACAAAGUCGAAGAAGACGCAGCGAUCGCCGCGCACAUCGUCAAGCUGGCGCGGCACGACAACGUGCUGCCCGCCAACGAGUAUCUGCGCGACGAAGCCGACUUCAAGUUUUACAUCGCCGUGGCGUCUGCGUUCAACCCGCGGCUGACGCCGGAGGCGAAGCAGGUCUUGCUGCACAACUUCGUGAACGUGCGCCAGCGCACGGCGCUGAGCAACGCGCGGAACCAGAGUCGGCUGACCACGCGGCAACUCGAAAGCACGAUGCGCAUUGCCGAGGCCAUUGCGAAGCUGCACUUCAGCGUGUGGGUGACGCAGUUCCACGCGGAGUGCGCAAUCGACCUGUUCCGCUCGAGAGAAAGCUGA